AUGAGGUGGCCCCUCGUUCCGCUCCCCAACGUCAUUGCACUAGCGGUCACGACAACUGCUCUCUAUGGUUAUUGCCUUGGCGCUGCGGGACAAGGAGCAGAUGAUCUCGUACCUAGCCCUGCAGUGGGUUGGAUUGAAAAAUCCAAGACAAUUGCGCGCCUGCAGACAAAUAAUCCUUCUCUCGAUUAUUUCCUCGUCUGUACUGACCUCGAUGGCCCCUUCGCACCAUUCUGUCUCCCGCAGGAUGGAGCCGAUGUUGUAGUAGACGCCACCUACUAUGUUACAUGGAACGCCGACUUCUAUCCCCUCAAUGUUUCUAUUACUAUUGAAAUGAGAUACUCAAGUUCCACUGUUGGAGACUCGGCAUUCACAUCUGAGAAAACCGACAACAGCUACGGGUAUCUUCCCCUCUAUAUGCGCAAGGAAUGGCUCCAGGAGAAGGCGCAGAAUGAUUUGACACUGUACCUUAUCGAACUGAACCCUGCGUCGGGCACACGGGCGACCUACAAGCCUUCUCCCCCCAUGGCUUUCAACAAAACCGCCCUGUUUACUGGUCUCCCGCUAAGCCUCAGUGCCAUUAUCAUUGUUGUAGCUGGUAAAGGGUACGAGGUUGGGAAAUCCAAGAGUCAGCGCCUCCGCAAAAGUAGAAGCGAGUUCUAUCAUCCCAAUGCCGCCUCAGCGUUGAGAAAAUAUACGGACGACACCGACUCAGGAUUGUUAGAAGUGGCUGAUGCUGACUCGUAUAAUGAGAUUGAGCGCUCCGCAAGAUUUGCAUUUAAGCAGGAUUCUACUAUGAGGUUAAAGAGCCGGAGGAAAUAA